GUUUAUUGAUCAGCUCCCCGGCAGGCAGGCAGGCAGGCCUGUGUGACAGCGGUCAGAUUAGUCGGGAUAUGGCGUCGCAGCGCCGACACAGGAUGAAUUUUCCUCUCUCUGUGGGAAUUCAGCCGUGUUCCGGGGGCGCUCCUGCCUUUUGAGGCUGCUACCAGGGGGGGACAUACAUGGCGAUGGAGGAGGAGGAGGAUAACAACACAGCGGUCCCUGCGAUCAACAUCCGAGCCGACAUCAAGAAGGGAGGCGAUGCCGGAGACAACGGGGCUUGUAUUGACAGGCAGCCGGACACGGUGGUCCAUCAGGCGGGGCUGAGCCGGACUGCGGGUCGCGGCAGCCGCAGCGGUCCCGGAGCUCACUCUGCAACCGGAAUCCGAGUGCUGAAGCGCAACAUGAAGAGGAACGGGAGCCGGAGCUGCGUGACAAGGAAAACCAGAUUCGGGUCACGAGAGCGGGACUGGCUGAAGGGGGACACCCAACGAGGCUGUGUGUGCCUCUAUGGCGGCACCGUGGACCCCCAGCCGCCUGCUUCCGGCCCACAGGCCUCCUCCACCCCUCAGACGGACCUGCAGUUGGUGCUCUGCUCCACCAGCACCACCGUGGAGGAGCUCUGUGCUCAGAGAAACGGACAGGGACUCUACGUUCAGCUGCACGGAGACCUUCUCAGGAGGCUGGACCCCAGCGAGCGUCCCCUCCAGAUGGUUUACGAUUACCUGAUGUCGAUGGGUUACGCAGACCCCGUGCGAGUGCAGCAUGAAGCGGCCAACUCUGAUCUCAGCUGCAUGAUCCGUUUCUACAGCGAGAGGCCAGUGAAUGCAGACCAGCAGGAGCGGACCUUGUUGAAGGGUGUGUUCAGCGUCCGAAAAGGCAAGACGCAGUUGCACAAGUGGGCAGAGCGGCAGGUUAUUCUGUGCGGCACGUGUUUAGUAGUGGCCUCUGUGAAAGACAGUCUGGCAGGGAAGAUGCAUAUUCUGCCCCUGGUGGGCGGAAAGGUUGAGGAGGUGAAGCGGAGGCAGCACUGUCUGAUGUUCAGCUCCGCCGGAUCGCAGGCACAAACUUACUUUGUCAAUUUUGACACGCUCGCCGACUACCAGCGAUGGCACCGGCAGGCAUCAAAAGUGGUUUCUCAGACGGUGAGUGUGGUGGACCUGUCCUGCUAUAGCCUGGAGACGGUGCCUGAAUAUCUGUUUUACUGUCAAGAUCUCACCCACCUCAACCUGCGGCACAACUUCAUGAGGCUGCAGGGACCUGGGAGCCUGCUUAACCUCCCCAGGUUUUCCCAGCUGAAGAGUCUGAACAUAUCUCACAACCGUCUGGGUGUGUUCCCUGAGUGUGUCGGUGAGAUCCUCUCUCUGACCGAGCUGAACCUCUCCUGCAACAAUCUGCACACCGUCCCUGUUCAGAUUGGCAACCUGCAGAGCCUGCAGACUCUAUGUUUGGAUGGGAACCACCUGAGCUCACUACCUGAAGAGCUUGGUGAUCUGUCUCAGCUCAACAGCUUGGGUCUCUCCUUCAACAACUUCUCUCACGUCCCGACGGUCCUGGAGAAACUGUGUGCAGUGGACAAGCUGGCCAUGGCCGGGAACAGAGUGGAGAUCUUGGAGCUGUCCACUCUGGCUCGAAUGAUCCACCUGAGGAACAUCGAUCUGCGGUUGAAUGGACUCAGGUGUGUUAAAUGUGAGACUCCAGAUCCAGUGAGCCACGUAACCCAGCUGGACUUGCGCGAUAAUUGCUUGGACUCGCUUGACCUGAGCUCCGUCUGCAACCUGGAGACUCUGCACUGCCAGCGGAACCAGCUGGGGACACUCACACUCAGCGGUUUCUCACUGCGCAUGCUUCAUGCCGGCAGCAACCGCCUCACAACAGUCAACAUCUAUCCUGUCCCGAACCACCUCACACACAUGGACCUUUCACAGAACCUGUUGGAAUACAUUCCAGCCUGGGUUUGUGACUGUCGAAAAAUUGAGAUGCUGGACCUUCAGCACAACCUGUUGUUUGAACUUCCUUCCAGGUUGCUGAACAGCUUAAGUUUGAGGAAGCUGCUAACUGGGAACAAUCGUUUGCAGAGAGUGCCUGACCUACUUGACCAUAUUCCUCUGGAAGCCCUUGACCUGCAGCAUAACAAGCUGAGCGAACUUCCAGAGAGUCUCUUUUACAAGGCCUUAAACCUGAAAUACUUAAACGUGUCAGCCAACUCCUUGGAAAGUAUUCCCCCCAGCAGCCAAUCAGAAGAGAGCCUCAGCACUCUCCAGGAGCUCUACCUGACCGGGAACAGUCUGAACGAGAACUGCGGCGCUCUGUUGGUCGGACACCAGAACCUGCGGAUCCUUCACAUCGCCUACAACCAGCUGCUCUCCUUCCCAGCCAGUAAGCUGAGUAAACUGGAACUGCUGGAGGAGCUAAAUUUAAGUGGGAACAAGCUAAAGACGAUCCCCUCCACGGUGUCCAGCUGUAAGCGGCUGCACACUCUCAUAGCACACUCGAAUCAAAUAACCGUCUUCCCAGAAAUCCUCAACCUGCCUGAGAUCAAGCUUGUAGAUCUAAGCUGCAAUGAGCUGACUGAGAUUCAACUACCCGACUCCCUGCCUGCCACACUGCAAGAGCUGGACUUGACGGGCAACAGCAGCCUGACGCUGGAACACAAAACCCUCAAUCUGUUCAGCCACAUUACCACGCUGAAAUUAGACCAGAAAUCUGCCCCAACACCCGGAGACUCCCUGGGGUCCUCGACUCUCUGGAAGCACGGUUACUCUGAGAUGAGAGGCCAAAGAAAUAAGUUGUGUGUUUCCGUGCUUGCCGUGGACCGUUUUGGAGACGGUGGCGAAGGUUGUUACGGAAUCUUUGAUGGCGACCGCAACGAGGAGGUGCCACGCCUCCUACAGUGCACCAUGGGAGAUGUGCUUUGUGAAGAACUCCAGCACUCCUGUGUUGACACAGUGUACAUGUGCAACACAUUUCUCACCUCACACAGAAAACUUGGCAUGGCCGGACAGAAACUCGGUGCGUCAGCCUUGUUGUGCUACAUUCACCGUGAGACGUCGGAGCCUGGGAGCUGCUUUAGCCUUACUGUGGCUAACGUUGGUACAUGCCAAGCCAUUUUGUGCCGUGAUGGACGGCCUGUACAGCUCUCAAAGGUUUUCAGCUUGGAGAACUCCACAGAGGAGAUGGAGAGGGUUAAAGUCAAUAAAGCCAUUAUAACAGAGGAUAACAAAGUGAGUGGAGUGACAUGCUGCUCUCGCUUGUUGGGCUGUUCAUAUCUGUCUCCCUGGGUGCUUCCAAAGCCCUGGGUGCGCACUGAGCUGCUCUGUGCCAAGGAUGAGUUCCUGAUCCUGGGGAAUCGGGCCCUUUUCGAGCAAGUGUCCUAUCAGGAGGCUGUGCACACCGUGCAGGCCGUGCGGGAUCCACAUGCAGCUGCCAAGAAACUGUGCUCCCUUGCCCAGAGCUAUGGCUGCAAGGACAACAUCGGAGCCGUGGUGGUGUCACUGCAGGUCGGUGAGGACAGCUGCACUUGUGAGCCACCAGUGUUGAACGAUGAACUGCGGGGUCCAACCCCGGCCCCUAUGUCUGUGUCCGUGACUCCAUGCCCCAGUGAUUCAGGAAACAUCUCGUCUAGCAGUGGUAUUGGUACCGAGUUCAGCAGUGAGGCAUCAGCCUCGGAGGUGGGCAGUGAGGCAGGGUCCACCGCUUCGGAUGAGCACCCAUCCUCUGGCCUUGCGUCUCGCCCAGAGAGGCGCUGCAGCCUCCACCCUGCUCCUUCACUCUGCGGGAUCAUGGUACCAGGUCCAGCUCCAACAAGAACUCUCCCCGGUGUUUUCCAGCGCCAGCCCUCCAGUGCUACUUUCUCAAGCAACCAGUCUGACAACGGCUUGGACAGCGAUGAUGAAGCUCCACUUGAGGGUGUCAUCUCUAAUGGUAGCAAGUUAGAGGUGGAGGUAGACAUUCACUGCUGUGCUUUCCAGCUCCGGCCAGGGGCCCCUGAGAGCCCGAAGGAGCUGAAUCUUGAAAAUCGCAACGGUAAAAUGCGCAGACAGAACAGUGUGGUGGUUUCUGCUACAAACGGUUGUCUGCUGGCUGUAUGUGGUAGAGAGAAUGGAGACCUCAAGAAGUCACCUUCCACAUCCAGCCUGUUCGGUAAGAAACUGUCCAAUGGUUCUGUGGUGGCCCCGGAAGACAGUCAUAAUAUCAUUGAGGUUGCCCUGGAGGCGCCUAAGAAAAAAUCUGGCUACUUUACCGCCCCAGCUCAGCAGGACCCAGAGGACCAGCUAAUUGUGCCUCCUGGUCUUGAGCAGGAGGUGAGAGAGCAGCUGAAAAGCCAGAGCCUUCUUGUCUCGGGCAUCUCCACACCUCCAACACCCACUUGUGUAAAAGAUCCACUGUGGGAUCAACCACACCCUCCUGCAUUUGCCUCCACCUUAGUUCCAGGGCCGGGCCUCGCUACUGUCCUGCAGCAGGAAGUCUACGAUACCGCCCUCUAGGACACUGAGACAGCCAUUUGGCUUCAGUUUGGAUUUUGCCAUUCUUGAGAUGUAGGACUAUCUCCUACAGCUGGUUUAGUUGGAAGAAGUUGCCAUUUGAAAAAAUUUUGAGAAGACAAGAAAAGCCUUUAGAACUCUGUUAAAAACUGAUACUGUGCCAUUAAAGAGAGAUAAGCAGAAUAUGCUCUGAGUAUCCGCCACAAUAGGGCUGAACAAGGUUUCCACGUGUCCAAUAUGUCAACAGCAUUUCCCUUUACUUGGAAAGUUAAGCAAUCUGAUGGAUGCAGAAAAGAUUGUGGUCGGUCUCCCCACCAGGAACCCAAAGGUGACUCAGGUCCUGCAGAGAUUGAUUUGUGCGGAAGCUUGAAAAAGUGCCUAAUACGGACGACACAUCAGAGAGCUCAACGCAUCCAGGUUAAGAGUUUGUUUUAGCUAUAGUCAGACAGGACACGGUCUUUACAAACACUCAAUGUCCCUGGACACCUUUCUACGGCUAUUGAAGCUUGGCCCAUUGUUGUCUUUAUUUAGCUAAGAAAACUAUGUUGAAAACUUGAGUUUUUAUCCCAUAAUCCCAUCAGAAUUCAGCCUAAAUGAAGUCAAGCUUUGCUCAAAACCCCAAACAACUUUCAACUACAUUCAAAUAUUUUUAAGUGGACGUCUUUUCACCAUUAACUUUUGAGUUCAUGAUGUUUCAACAGAAAAUGAUGCUGUAGUUUCCACGUCUCUUCAGUGAAAAUGUUCUAGUGGGAUAACGCUAGCAGAUACGACUCUCCUCUCUUAGUGGCCUACACAAAGAGAACUAGGGUUGAUCUCGUUACCCAAAUGGUACGUUUAAAAGGAUAUUAGUAUUGUAUUUUGUUUGAUUUUUAAAGAGAGAAAUCUCAUUCCUGACCCAAAGGUCACAUGUCAACUUUAAAAAAAAAAGAACUGAAAGGACUUAAGAUGUCAUCAACAUGUAAAGACAAGAAUAACUGCCUUUAUGUUGUUGAAAUUAUUAAUUUGGGUUUUAUUUUAUAGAAUCUUACAAACUGGAUCAAUCAUUGUAGAAAACACUCUCUACAACCACAGAGGGAUAAGCUUUGAGUGCACUGCAGACCUCUUAUGAGCCGUUUGACAUUGAAGAUAUUCAGCUUUAGUGGGCUGAAGUGGUAGUAACAGUAGAAAAAUCAGUGAAGAUGAAUCCCCAUAAAAGCCUCAUUUCAGAGAAGAAGAAUAAAUAUUUUGAGUUUAGGCAUUUUGAACACAUUCUGAUUAAUUAAUUUGAACAAAUCAGCCUGAUAACAGUCAGUGCAAGUAUAAAAUGAUGUUUUAUCUAUCUUCUUCUUUAAAAUCUCUUUUUAUGUGUAGACAGAUUAUUGAUUAACAUUUGAGGCUGCUGAUAGUAGUUAUAUUAUACAGCGAUGCUAUGAACAAACUUGUCAUCUACUUGUCAUUUUCUCACAUUUACUCCAUGCAAUAUUUUUCUGCUUGUUCUGUCAAAUGUUGGACUUAGAAGCUGCUUUGCCAAACUGUGGUGAGAGGAAAUAGGAUUUGUCAGGGCAAACUGACUGUUUGACUGGCAAGAAAUCAGUCAUAGCUGAAUGGGAAACUUAUAACUCAGUCACUUGACUUUGCCUGAACAACACGGAAAUUAAUUAGAACAAAUAUCUUUGGUAAACAAAAUUUGAACAGUGUUCAAACUAUUACAAAGCAUUCGUUCCAAGCUUUCCGAAAAUUUUGAAGAUUAAAUCUUAGAAAUAGAAGCUUGUCGUGAUAUCAUUUGAAGGUAUUUUUUUUUCUAUAUACAUUUAUGUGCUGUACUGUUUUUUAAAUCAUUGGUUAAUGCUUUUUUAGAUGUCAGCAAACACAAUAAAAAAAAUAUGAGCGUAAACAAAUGCGGUAUUUGACACCAGAAAGACUUUCUUAUUAAGUAAGUCACUCAGAAUAUAUAAUAAUUUCUUCCCCUCUUCAAAGCUUUAGCAUCAUGUUAUAUGAUAAUAUAGUGUACACAGAGCCCUCAGCAAUUAUUGGCACCCACUGUCUCUAGUGGUAAAUGGUAAAUGGCCCUUUAUCGAUUCCAGAGGACCCUAAGUACUGACUUCACACUACGUUCAGUAGUAGCCUAACUUCAAAAUAUUAUUACUUAAGAAGUAAAAGAUUACAAGUUAAAACUAGUAUCUCUGUGAUCUACCUGGAAAGAAAAGCUACGUAUAGAUUUAAUAAGUCUCAGUUAGGUAUAAGAAUUGCCGGGUUUCCCAGUAAGUGUUGCCCUGGCAGUCUUGCAUAAAACAAUUAUUUCUUACGGUAUUUGACUCCACAGGAUAGAUGCACUAAGCUAGAGUUUGGAUUUCUCUUGUUUCUGUUUGAUAUUGGAAUAAAAUAUUUUUAUUUAUGAUGAUAUUUACCUUCAGUGCCAGUAAAUCCUGAGGUUGCUGUACCCAGGGGUAUAAACUAUAAUUGUAUUUAUGAUAUCUAAAUUAUUUGGGGAAACUCAGUAUCGUACUGCCCUAGAAACCUCACUUUAUCCAGCUCCGAAUGCCUCCAACUUGUUCAGCUGAACUUCUGUGGUAAGAUGUAGUCCAAUGUUUGCUGUUGUCGGUAAUUAUUAUGUUAGUUUUACAAUUUUCCUUCUUCUUUGACCCUAAUUUCAGUAGUUUUGGAAUUUCACAUGUGAUUUUAGCUGGAACUAUAACGUUUUUGCCUUAAAGCUCCUCUAAGUAGUCUUUAAAAGGAGAAGUCCUUUGAGUUGUCCAUCUAUAUUCUGUUUUUCUAAGAAUCGUCUUUAGAGGCCAGCACAUACUAUAAAAAAUCUGACAAAUUUGUUUCUUUUACAUAUGUAAGAAAAAAAUUUCUUGCCAGAUGCUAUUUCAAGGACAAACUAUAAGAACAUCUGUCCUGGGGUGAAUAUUUUUUUCUGUUUUUGCAGAGCAUGUGAAGGCCUCAGUUUCUGGCUUGCCAAGUUGUUGUACCCUCAACUAAAGUAACUCUGCUAUAAGCACUUUGUACAAAAAAAGAAUUAAAUCUGCUGUCACGUGUGUUUCACUUAAUGUUUAGCAGUUUAACAACAGGUUCCUCAGUCACACACAACAUUUCUUGUAAAGGACACCACUGACAGUAAAGCGGAAGGUAGCUAAAAGUAAUAUCACUAAACGAAGGGUGAAGAUUGAACAUAUUCUGUUGCUAUUCAUGGCUAAGACUUGAUCAAAAAUAUUGUGCUUAUUUGUUUUUUCUAUAUCAAAAUCUCCCUACAAAUAAUACAAAAUAAAGUAUAGCUUCAAAUUGUAUCAUGCACAUUAUCAAAGCCGUUGGAUUAUUUUUCUAAAGUUAUAAAAGUACAGAUUUUACCUACAAAGCACUUUGCUAAAGCUAAUAAUUAAUUCUUGUCACUUUAUCGACCUGUGUCUGAGAUGCCAAACACGUGGGACUCUGUGGUUCUGAUGUCCACAAUCCGCUCAAUGCGUCUGGCGUCUGGCCCGAAGUCAGCGAGACAUUCGCGGACACUGCAGACAUUCUGAGACAGAUUAUGAUUGUGCGAGUCAACAGAGGAGAGCUUGAACUUUCCCAGAGGUUUCACGAAAUGGUGUGAUCUUUUGAGUUCUCUUGUAAAAUAUGCAACAUGUCAAGUGUAAAUAUAAAUGUGAUGAGAAUGUCACUUUACCACCCGAAGCUACAUAAAUCCUGUCACUUAAAAUGUCUUAAUAUUGAGUGCUGUGUGUAUGUAUGAUGUAGUCGGGGUUGUGUUUAUAUGUUUCACUGAGCAUUUUUUGUGAGUCUGCCCAGUCCAUUUGACCCGCUGUCUUUGUGCUUUGUUGCCAGUCCAAAAUGAAUAUGACAUUUCUCUGUAGUAUUCUCCAAACUAACUAAAUCCAUUUUUGACAUCAUUUGACCCUCUUAAACUGUUGCUGUCUCCUGUAUGAUGCCAUAUCAUCCUCAGCUAUAUUUUUUCCAGCUUCAAGUAUGUCUUAUUUUUGAUGAGGCAGUCAUUGUGCACUGAAAUCUGCCUGGAACUGGAUGCACAGAAACAGGAAGAAAAAGGUGUGAAGAAUGUGCUUUGGUUCAAAAGAAAACACUUAGCACAAUACUCCUUAAACAUUUUAAGAAGAGGGAAUUCACUUUAAAGCAGACUACAUUGUUUUUCUCGUGAUUCAUUUAUUAACUUUGGAGUAGUACUUCCUCUUUGCACAUCUACACAAGCUUGCAGAAGUAUCUGUGUUUCUGUGUAGUGUGAAGUGCAUGCAUGCCUGUGUGACCAAUGGUUUGACUGUAACUCUGUGUGAACUGUGAACGAAACCGAUCAGAGGCGCUCCAACUGACCAAAGUAGCCACUGUCUAAUGUCAUGUUUCCUUUCUGCAGAUUUUUUUUUUUUUUAAUUCUUGAUGUUUUUUUUCUCUCAAUGCCAAGAAGCUUGAUGUUUAUUUUUGUACUUCAUUGUAUCAUGCAAAUUUCUAUCACCCUCUUGCUACAGAAUUGAAAACUAUAGGGAUUCCUCAGAAAACUGUCACUCAUUAGGGCACCAUUGAGGGUACUAACUGUAACUGUAUUUUGUACUUUAAGCAUGUGCUAAAUACAA